AAUUCGACACCGCUAUCGGUUAUUAUGGCCGCGCUCUAGGAUGCGUGGCUCAUUGGGGGAACUUUGUGUAGUCCGUUAACGGAGUCUAUUUUAUUUAUUUCUACCAUUUCAGCGGGUAUAAUGCUUAUACACCUCCAUCGACUUUUGCACCGGUCUUUCGGUGCCAGGCGGCCGUUUCUAGCGAGUUUAUACCACACACAGCGGGGAGUGUACGGUUUCAGACCGAGGGAGACUCCGGAGAGAAACGAUGGGUUUCCGCAGAUCUCAGCGCUUAACCAAGAUCACGGACUGGCGAGAUUGGUGGAGGCCUAUCGAGCACAUGGGCAUAAAGUAGCUAAAAUUAACCCUUUACUUCCCCAAACUCCUGUGCUGGACAGUGUGCUGGAGAUCAGUCUGCUGAAUGGAGCUGUUCAUGGAGUCCUCAACACUACUGGAUUGCGCCAUUUUGGGAAAGCCGAGGCGACGGCUGAAGAGGUCAUGGCCUACCUGGGGAGAACGUACUGUGGGGGAAUCUCAGUGGAAACCGCUCAGCUCCAGACCUUACAGGAAAGAGAAUGGUUCGCUGACCGAUUUGAAGAGCUCAAGAAAGAGGUGUUUUCGCCGGAGGAGAAGAGACAGCUGGCUAAACUAAUGCUUGAAUCACAGGAAUUUGACCACUUUUUAGCCACUAAGUUUGCCACUGUGAAACGAUAUGGAGGUGAGGGAGCAGAGAGCAUGAUGGGCUUUUUCUAUGAGCUAUUCCGCUCUGCGGCGUACAGCGGAGUGACAGACGUGGUCAUGGGAAUGCCUCACCGUGGACGUCUCAACCUGCUCACCGGACUACUGCAGUUCCCCCCAGAGCUCAUGUUCCGUAAGAUGAGGGGUCUCAGCGAGUUUCCGGAGAACUCUCCGUCUAUUGGAGAUGUCCUGUCCCAUUUAACCUCCUCAGUGGAGCUGGACUUUGGGGCGGGACAACCUCUCCAUGUCACUAUGCUGCCCAACCCCUCUCACCUGGAGGCCAUCAACCCCGUGGCGCAAGGAAAGACUCGUGGCCGUCAGCAAGUCAAACAGGACGGCGAUUACUCCACCGACCCUCAUUCUCGGCCAGGAGACAAAGUCAUCUGCCUGCAGGUUCAUGGAGAUGCUUCGUUUUCAGGCCAAGGCAUAGUACCGGAGACCUUCACCCUGUCAAAUCUCCCCCAUUUUAGAGUAGGUGGAAGCAUCCAUCUCAUCGUGAACAAUCAAGUGGGCUACACCACUCCCUCUGAGAGGGGGCGAUCAUCUCUGUACUGCAGUGAUGUUGGUAAAAUGGUGAAUUGUGCUAUAAUCCAUGUGAAUGGCGACGAUGCCGAGGAUGUCCUCAGAGCGACCCGGCUGGCCGUGGAGUACCAGCGACGCUUCAGAAAAGACGUUAUCGUGGACCUUCUUUGUUACCGUCAGUGGGGGCACAAUGAGCUGGACGAGCCCUUUUUCACAAACCCUGCAAUGUAUACAAUUAUUCGGGCGAGAAAAAGUAUCCCCGAUUCAUAUGCCGACCAGCUAGUCUCGGAGGGCCUGAUGACGGAGGAAGAGCGCGGUCAGAUCAAGACCACCUGCUAUGCUAUGCUCAACGACCGGCUGAACAACAUGACCCUCUACAGCCCCCCGCCCACUAACCUCCAGGGGCGCUGGGGAGACCUGGUGGAGCCCCAGAACAGAGUCUCGAUGUGGGACACUGGUGUAGCGCUGCCUCUGCUGCAGUUCGUAGGCGCCAAAUCAGUGGACAUACCUGAGGAGAUUCAAGUGCACAGUCACCUGAGAAAGACACAUGUGCAGGCUCGACUGCAGAAACUGGAAGAGGGCUUAAAAUUGGACUGGUCCACCGCAGAAGCUUUAGCGUUUGGCACAAUGCUCUGCCAGGGAUUCCAUAUCCGUAUCAGUGGUCAAGAUGUUGGCCGUGGUACGUUCAGUCAGCGUCACGCUAUGGUUGUGUGUCAGGAGACCAACGACAUGUAUAUCCCCCUCAAUCACAUCAGCUCCGAACAGAAAGCCAACAUAGAGGUGUGUAACAGUGCUCUUUCUGAAGAAGCUGUUCUGGGUUUUGAGUAUGGAAUGAGUAUUGCUCAACCUAGGCUGCUGCCCAUCUGGGAGGCUCAGUUUGGAGAUUUUUUCAACGGCGCCCAGAUUAUAUUUGACACUUUCCUCUCUGGAGGUGAGGCUAAAUGGCUCCUGCAGAGUGGAUUGGUCAUCUUACUGCCACACGGGUACGAUGGAGCCGGACCGGAGCAUUCAUCAUGCCGAAUCGAGCGUUUCUUACAGCUCUGUGACAGUAAAGAGGAAGGUGUGGACGGGGACACGGUGAACAUGGGAGUGGUGAAUCCAACCCUGCCAGCUCAGUACUUCCACCUUUUGAGGAGACAAAUGAUUAGAAACUUCCGGAAACCAUUGAUCGUGGCUUCACCUAAAACUCUGCUGCGCUUUUCGGGGGCAGUGUCAAGCUUGGCUGAUAUGGGACCAGGAACUUCCUUUAAAACUGUCAUCGGUGAUGCUUCUGUAAACCCUGCAAGUGUGCAGCGUGUUCUGUUUUGCUCAGGUAAACAUUACUACGCCCUGCUGAAACACAGAGAGACGUUACCAGAGGCAGUAAAAAACACAGCGCUGAUCCGGGUCGAGGAACUGUGUCCUUUCCCCACGGAAGCCCUACAACAGGAACUAAAUAAAUACAAAAACGCCAAAGAGUUCAUCUGGAGUCAAGAGGAGCCGCAGAACAUGGGAUGCUGGUCAUUUGUAUCACCAAGAUUUGAGAAACAGUUAGCCUGCAAGUUGAGGUUUGUGGGCAGGCCUGCAUUACCCGCUCCUGCUGUGGGCAUUGGUACUCUCCACCAUCAGCAGCAAGAAGCCAUCCUGACCUCGUCUUUCUCCUGAAACCACAGAACUAUAAACAUGCUGAGCAUCUGUUAUUACAGCGAACAAGCUGUGACUGGUGCACUGACAACAAAAGCCAAGCUCUGUUUGUAGCCUGAGCGCUAAACGGGCAUAUUGCAGGUUGACUAAUUCAGCGAUUCCCAAACUGUGGUCCGUGAGGGUACUGCAGGUGGUCCGUGAAAAGGCAAAAUAAAAUAUAAAAUAUUUAACCAAGAAAUUCCCAUUAAAAAAGUAAAAAGAAUAUGUAGGCCUAUAUUUAUAUAAAAUGUAAACUAAAUUGUCAAGCUAUUGUGUGAUUACUAAAAACAGGCUAGUGGCGCUCGGCCGUGACUUUCAAGCUCCGUGUCGUCAGAACCACAACACCGGAUCGGUGGAUAGCAACAGGUUAGGUGAGCAUUUAUUUAGUUGUUUGUUUUUAAUAUAGGUCUAUAUUAGACAGACGAUACAAAGAGGAAGGGAAAUAUGUGGAGGGUGACAAAGGAGGAUAUUACGUUCAUAUCGGACUGGCAAAUAGACUCCAAUGGCUUUUCCUUUUGACAACUUUAUUUUUAACCUGGAAUAAUGUUAGGCCUACUGUGUUUUCUUUUAAAUGUGUAACGUUAUAGGGCAGAGGCAAAUAUGUUCUCAAUAUCAAAUCACAUGGAUAGCCUUUAUAGGCAGUUUAGGCCUAUAUGAAACGAAAUGUUUAUAAAUGGAAUGAAUAAGGCCUGUUAUUAUUUUAAUUUCCGGUUAACAUUAGUCUCUUGAUCUCGUUUUUCUGAAAUGUUUUGCGGAUGUGCUGUUAAGUGGACAAACUCAAGUCUACUUUUUGAGGACUUGUAGAACUCUGAAGAUUAACAUUAAUAAUUCCCUAAAAUCGCUAAAGGUUUUUUUGAUAUGCUGACUAUAUCCAAGUGUUCUUAUUACUAUAUAGAUUUCAUACUCCAUUGCUGUGGAAAUAAGCCUGUUGUUCAAAUGAACCUGAUUAUGAUAUGUAAUAUAUACUAUAAUGUUAUAUCAUAAUAUGUGUAUUAUGAGGUGUUCCGUGAAAAUUAUUGAUUACAAAUAGUGGUCCACACACACACACAAAGUUUGAAAACCCAUGGACUAAUUUAUCCCUUGGUUAUAACUUGGGUAUAAGGGAACAUCUGUUCUUGUCGGCUUCCCAAUCAGUUGAUCAUUUCUACACCUUUUAAAAGUAUCAGUGAUAUUUCCUCUCUGUUGGCACAGGAAGUUUGUAAUUUUAUCAAUGAAAUGUCGAAAAUUGACUAAGUUCUGUAUACAUUAGUGUUGUUGUGUACAGUUUUUCAAAGCACUUUUAAAUUAGAUUUAAUAUUCUAACCGGAGUCAGAAGACUGUGUGGAGGCAAGUAAUCGUUGUAGCAUUGAAAUGUAAAUUGUCACGAUCAAAACAUUGGCUCAUUCAAUGUUGUGUGCGUCUGAAUUAAGGGCAAUUGAUUAUUACCAGAUGAAUGUAGAACCUGUGCAGAAUAACAGAAUCUAUUGGUGUAUGUUUACAUUAAAAGUAUUAAUCUUAAAACGAUACCUCUGUCUAUUUACGUUGCUAUCGUUGUUUUUUUAACAUACCCAUCCAAACACUGUUUAUAAUGAUAAAUUAUACAAGUUGUUUUCAAUAAUGAUAUUGUUCUUGUGGAUGAAACUGAAUUUGUACUGAAAUGCUUAAUCUGGAGAUAAAAAAAUAAAAGAAAAAAUUUAAUUAUUG